AAUACAUACGGUUUGCUACAGCUCUAGGUAAGACAGAAAGUGUGUGGCAAAUGCUUAAAUUUGGAAUUAUCGAAAUUUGUGGUGAACAAUUCAUUUGCCGAAAUUGAGUAGCGAAUUAUUUUCGAUACUACAUUGGGCUAUUACAAAGUUUUGCGUUGGUACUCACGAACAACUUCGAUUAUUGAGAAAAAUUUGUUUUAAGAGAGACACUAAUUAUGUCUUAUCCAUCUCGUGCACCUAUACCACCAUACAUGAACCCAAAUAUACCUCCUCCUCAUAUGAUGCCGCCAGUACCUUCAGCACCAAGAAGUUAUAGAACCUCCGCCACUAUCAGCUCUCAACCCACAGUCUAUCAGCGUUUACCCGACCCGGUUCCUCAAUUUCGAGGUCCGAUAAUUACGGUUUUUGUUGGAAAUAUAAGCGAACGUGUGCCUGAAGCCUUAAUUAAAAGAAUUUUGUCCGCAUGUGGGGUGGUGGUUAAUUGGAAACGAGUGUCUACCUUUGGUUUCUGCGAAUAUGAUGGACCCAAUGCUGGAAUGCGGGCUGUUCGUCUUCUCAGUGAACUUGAUAUAGACGGGAAAAAACUUGUCGCUAAAGUGGAUGCAAAAAAUAAACUUCUGUUAGACAACUUUAAGGAAGAAGAAUUAAAGAAUGGUAUUAAUGUGUCAGCGGUGGAUGAAAAGUCUGAAGAUGACUUCGUUCUCAAUCAAAUGAGAAAAAUACUUGGUGAUCAUAAGCACGAAUUUGAUGAGUUUGACGGAAAUUCUCGAGAUGUAUAUGGCGGCAGAAUAAAUAAGAACAAAGCUGUUCGCAUAGAAGAUAAAAUAACAAAAGUUCUUCACGAAACAAAUUUGGAAGAAGAAAAAAGGAACUUAAUUAGUACCGAAAUUGGGAAAUUUAGGAAAAGAGCGGAGGCCGAUGAAAAUCGGAAGGAGAAAGAGAAGGAGAAAAUGAGAGAAAAGGAGAAGGAAAAGGACAAAGAAAAAGAAAAAGACAAGGAGAAGGACAGGGAACUUGAGAAAGAAAGAGAUAGGGAUAGGGAAAGAAAUGUAUCUGAUACAAUGAAGGACGAUAUUAGUGAAGAAGAUUGGGAUGCAGAUGAGCAAAGAGAAAACCCCUUUAACAAAGUGGAGAAAGUAGUGAUUAGCAGGGGUCGCCAAUCGAACAGUUUGUCACCUAAUAGAAAAGAAAAAGAUCGAGACAGCAGAAGGAGAAGGAGUAAAUCUCGUUCAAGAGAAAGAGAGCGUGAUCGAGAACAUAGGGAACGAGAACGGGAACGAGAGAGGGAACGUGAAAAGGAACGUGAGAGAGAGCGUGAGCGUGAACGAGAACGAGAACGAGAACGGGAAAGAGAACGUGAACGUGAAAAGGAGCGUGAACGGGAAAGAGAACGUGAGCGUGAGAGAGAAAGAGAACGCGAAAGAGAGCGGGAGGAAAAAAUUGUUAAGAAUAUCAGAGAUCUGCAUAGAGAGAAAGAAAUCGAAGAAGAGCUUCGAGAGCGUAAAAAAGCGGAAAAGAAAGCUCGUGAAAAGGAAGAAGCGUACCAAGAAAGACUUAAAAACUGGGAAAUAAGAGAAAAGCGUAAAGCUAAGGAAUACGAAAAGAUUCGGAUUAAGGAUAAAAUGAAGCUUGAGGAACGAGAAAAGGAAGCAAAACGACUCAAAGAAUUUGUUGAAGACUAUGAUGAUGAACGAGAUGACCAUAAAUAUUAUAAGGGCCGAGAGCUGCAGAGAAGAUUGGGAGAUCGCGUCCGAGAAGCAGAUCUUGAUGCUAAAGAUCGCAACAAAGAACAAGAGGAAUUGGAAGAAUUGCGAAAUAAAAUAUUCAGUGGCGAAUAUGAAAAUCCUACACAAGAAUAUGAAAGAGCAAAGAAAGAGCAUGAGAAAUUAUAUAAACCUCAAAUAUUAAUCGAUGUGAAUUUAGAAAAUUUGCAACGUAAAGAACGUGAGAAAGAACGAAUCCGGGAAAAAUUGCAAUCAAUUGAAAGCAAUCGACACAUUCUUGAUGUUAAUUCAAAUGAUGAAGGCGAAAUGAAUGCCCUGGCCAAAUCGUAUUCCAUAGAGUCAAUUUCAAACGAAGAUGCCAACUCUAGACCAAAUUCUGCUUCAAAUAUUGAAAUCCACUACAGCCGCCAUGGUUCCGAGUCACGUGACUGUAUAUCGAGCGUGAAUGCGCAUGCAGGAAACUCUACACCGUCCGGUUCAUUGCAGAGUUUAGGCAAUUCAAGGUCUCAGACUACAGACGCCACUACAACACCCACACAGGCGCCCGUCAUAACUCUGAAUUUGGGUGCGAAUUCCAAAAAGAAGAAAAUAGAAUCCACUGGUGUGUUUAAUGCUGACGAGGAUGUUGAUGACGAGAGUAGCUCAAAACGGCGAAAAUUGGUUCCAUUGGAUUACGAUGACAAUCAAACAAGAAGUGGCGGAGGAAGCACAUCACAAACAGAACGCCAUAACUCGAAUGCCGGAAAAUCUAUCUCGAAAAAACAUGGUAAGAAUGAUACUGCCACUACAGAAACAGUGAAUAACAAAAAGGAGGAAAAUAAUACUAGGAUACACGAUGAAAAACGUCGGCACAUUAAAAGCAUCAUUGACAGGAUUCCUACACAAAAGGAGGAUUUGUUCAAUUAUAAGCUUGAUCGCAACGAAAUUGACAACAACCUUAUGGAAAGAAAAAUUCGACCAUGGAUAAACAAAAAAAUUAUUGAGUAUAUUGGUGAGCCCGAGCCAACGCUUGUCGAUUUUAUAUGCUCUAAGGUGCUUGCAGGAAGUUCACCCCAAAGCAUUUUGGACGAUGUGCAAAUGGUCUUGGACGAAGAAGCAGAAGUUUUCGUUGUGAAAAUGUGGAGAUUGCUAAUUUAUGAAGUAGAUGCAAAAAAGAUUGGUAUAGGUAAAUAAUAUGUGUAAUAUUAAGAAGCAUAUUUAUAUGAAUAAAACAAAAUCAAAAAAAGUUU